UGUACUACUGACUGUGUUGUAUAUGUGGCUGUGAUUUAUUUAGUCUCUAAUUUCACAUUAUAUUAUACAGAAUGGAUUUUGAAACUGUAGAUGAACAAUGUGUUAACUAUAAUUUAAAUGAAUCUUUGCCAUCAAUCCCAAAAGAGAUUGUAAAAGAGGGUAAUGAUGUUGAUAGAGAAAGUAAGAGGCCUAGGGUAACUACUUCUACAGUUUGGGAUUAUUUUAAUAGAAUUGGUAUAAAAGAUGGUAAAGAAAAGGCUAAAUGUAAUGCAUGUGGUUCAAAGUAUGUUAUUGGUGGUACAAAAAUAGGGACUUCAAUAAUGUUGCGUCAUUUGCUGCCAAAGUUUGUGGUGCUAAAAAAAUUAAAAGACAAUGAUGUGGGGAAAAUGAUAAUUAAUCAUGCUGGGAAAUUAAGGUCUAGGGAAAUUGACCAAAAAGUUGUAGAGGUGGCAAAUGCACUUGUAUUGUUCUAGUUCACAAUAAAUUGAAGUCAUUGAAAUCAAAAAGAAUUAGGAAGAGGGGGCAAAAACUUUGCUCAAGGAAUACUGAAACCUACAUCAGAGCCCUUUCACCGUCAUUGUUCUCAUUCUCAUUCGCAACCCGAUAGUGUGUGCAAGCAAACCUUUCUGCAUCGGCGCCAUUCUAUCUCAUAGUUAUGUGAUUCACGACCUAAGGGUUUGGCAUGGCAAGGAGACAAAGCAGUAGCGAGAGUGAGAAUGACACGAGAAAAUGAAGUGGUAGCGAAUCUGAGCAUGUUAAGAGGGAUAGGCAUCGACGUGGUGGUGGGAGUAGUAAGAAGAAGAGUUCCAAAUCAGACCGCUAUCAUAGGGAGGGCAAUGGUGGGAGUGAUUCAAUAGAAGAAAGAAUGCGAAGUGAGAUGAAGAAUAGAGUUAAGGAGAGAAAGGAGGAAGCUGAGAGCUCUGAAGAGGAAGGUCAGAUUGUGAAUAACAAGAGGGGUAGGGAAGAAAAGGAAGAGGAUGAGAGAUUGCGGCGGUGUUAUGAUGGACAUGGUGGGAGAGAUGAUGAAGGAGAUGGCAGUGGUGGUAGGGAGCCUCGUCGAAGGGAUAAUGAGGGUGAACGACGAGGGGAGAAGGAUAGUCACAAAUUGGAUUGUGGUGAUAGAUGGCGUGGAGGUGAGGAGGAAGAUAGAUGGAAAAUUAAGGAUCACCAUGGGCGUCAUGAUUCAGAGGAAGAGGAUCGUCGGGAGCUAGCCAAGAAAUCUGAAAGGGUUAGAGAUAGGGAAAGGGAUAGAGAUAGAUAUAGGGAUAGGGAUAGGAGGCGUAAAGUUGAAAAGGGUGGUAACAGUGAUAGGGAUCGUCGUGCACAUCAUGAUUUAGAGGAAGAUGAUAGGGGGUUUGCCUAGAAAUUGGAGAGGGAUAGGAGGCCUAAAGUUGAAGAGGAUGGUGACAAUGAGAGGAACCGUAGAGAGAAGGAUGCGAACAAGCGACAAGUAGAAAGUAGGAAGAGAGAGGAUGGAAAUGGAAGAAUGGUUGAAGAUGCUAAUCCACAACGACCAA